CCACCCCUGAUCGUCACGUCACGUGAAUAGUACAGUAUAUCGGAUUACACUGAGAGAGAAUAAAGGCUUCUUAGCUCAUAAGUGCUGUUCAAUAAUAAUUUAAGUAUUAAAUCAAAUCAACGAGUGAUAAAGUGAUAUAAUGGAUAAUAAUAUUUUACGUAUUAAUGUUUGAUAAUUGUUCGAGCUCGGAAUAAUGGCGACUUGACCUCACAAAGAAUGCAACAUCGUACUAGACAUUAUAAAUUCUCGAGAUUGUCUGAAUAAACGCGACAAAGAACUUCAAACAUCGCAAGAUGGCUGAAGUAGAUCCUGAAACAUUAUUAGAAUGGCUCAACAUGGGCCAAGGAGAUGAACGUGAUAUGCAAUUGAUUGCAUUAGAGCAGCUCUGUAUGCUGCUAUUGAUGUCAGAUAAUGUUGAUCGUUGUUUUGAAAUUUGUCCACCUAGAACAUUUCUUCCUGCUUUGUGUCGAAUAUUUCUUGAUGAGCACGCACCAGACAGUGUUUUAGAAGUAACAGCUCGAGCCAUUACCUAUUACUUGGACGUAUCAGCAGAAUGUACUCGCCGUGUAGUCGCAAUGGACGGUGCAGUGAAAGCUAUUUGUGGACGGUUAUCGGGCGCUGGUUUAGGUUCCAGAGCAAGUAGGGAUUUAGCAGAGCAGUGUAUUAAAGUAUUGGAGCUUGUGUGUGCACGUGAAGCAGGUGCAGUGUUUGAAGCUGGUGGUCUUCCAUGUGCUCUUUGUUUCAUUAGAGAACAUGGAGCUCGCGUACACCGUGAUACGCUUCAUUCAGCAAUGGCUGUUGUGUCACGUUUAUGUGGAAAAGUGGAACCACAAGAUAAGACCUUACCUGACUGUGUCGAAGCCUUGUCAACGUUAUUGAGGCAUGAAGAUGCUCAUGUUGCGGAUGGUGCUCUUCGAUGUUUUGCCUCAUUGGCCGACCGAUUUUCUCGCCGAGGAACAGACCCUGCUCCAUUAGCCUCGAAUGGUUUAGUGUCAGAAUUGCUUUAUAGAUUAUCUAAUGCUGCAGGACCAGGUACAUCAGUGGCCACAACAUCUAAUAAUCCUAAAAAUCCACCAAUAUCUACAACAUCAUCUACAAUACCCGUACCAGAGUCUAAAUCUUGCGCAUCUGUGUCAACAAUAAUUAGUCUAUUAUCGACAUUGUGUCGUGGGUCACCAUCAAUUACUCACGAUUUGCUGCGAUCUGAAUUGCCUGAUGCAAUCGAGAAAGCAUUAAAGGGUGAUGAAAGAUGUGCUCUUGAUUCUAUGAGAUUGGUAGAUCUAUUAUUAGUGCUAUUAUUUGAAGGAAGAUCUGCAUUAGGUCGUAGUACAACCGGCGGUCCUUCAGGUCCUUUAUUACCUCGAUUAAGACGACUAGAUAGUGCUGGAGAAAAGUCACAUCGUCAAUUAAUUGAUUGCAUUCGUUCUAAAGAUACGGAUGCACUAAUUGAAGCUAUCGAAUCAGGAGGUAUAGAAGUGAAUUUCAUGGAUGACGUAGGCCAAACUCUACUAAAUUGGGCAUCUGCUUUUGGUACCCAAGAAAUGGUUGAAUUUCUAUGUGAUAAAGGUGCAGAUGUUAAUAAGGGUCAAAGAUCGUCAAGUCUUCAUUAUGCAGCAUGCUUCGGAAGACCAGCAAUUGCCAAAGUAUUACUUAGACAUGGUGCUAAUCCAGAUUUACGUGAUGAAGAUGGAAAAACUCCACUUGAUAAAGCCAGAGAAAGAGUUGAUGAAGGCCAUCGAGAGGUUGCUGCUAUCCUUCAAUCCCCUGGAGAAUGGAUGUUACCUCCUAGCCAAGAGACCAGAAAACCUGAUAGUGAAGUAGAACCUAAAGGUGAUCCGGAAAUGGCACCAGUUUACUUGAAAAGACUUUUACCUGUUUUUUGUGCAACUUUUCAAUCAACUAUGUUACCAAGCGUAAGAAAAGCUAGUUUGAGUCUAAUUCGAAAAAUGGUACAUUACAUCCAACCAGAAUUACUUGUUGAAACAUGUGGAGCUGAUCCUGCUGGAUGUGGCGCAAUUCUAGUUGAAGUAAUCGCUAACGUUCUUGAUAACGAAGAAGAUGAAGAUGGCCACUUAAUAGUUCUACAAAUGAUCCAGGAUUUAAUGAUGAAAGGAAAAGAUGAGUUUUUAGAACACUUUGCAAGACUUGGAGUAUUCUCCAAAGUUGCUGCAUUAAUGGGACCUCAAGAUUCACUCCCAGAACUAGAAAAUGAAACCAAUCAGUCGGGAGAAGAACACAAACUUGAAGAUGCAAGAGAAUUGUUAAUUGGGCGUGCAUAUCAUUGGAGAGAUUGGUGUAUCUGUCGAGGCCGAGAUUGUCUCUAUGUUUGGUCAGAUGCUGCGGCAUUAGAAUUAUCAAAUGGCAGUAAUGGGUGGUUUAGAUUUAUUCUUGAUGGGAAGCUAGCUACUAUGUAUUCCAGUGGCAGCCCUGAAGGCGGUACAGAUGCAACCGGAAAGGGGAGGAACACUGAGUCGCUCACGACGGAAGAAAGUCGAGGAGAAUUUCUGGAAAAGUUACAAAGAGCUCGAAGUCAAGUAAAACCAAAUACUGUAAGCCAACCUAUAUUAUCACGACCGGGACCAACACGUCUGGUGGUAGGAAAUUGGUCUUUAUCGUCUCGUAAGGAAAAUGAAUUAUGUAUCCAUAAUAGUGAUGGUCAACAGCAAGCUACAAUACUUAGAGAAGAUCUGCCAGGAUUUAUUUUUGAAUCAAAUCGUGGAACAAAACACUCUUUUACGGCUGAGACAAGCUUAGGACCCGAUUUUGUGGCAGGAUGGGCAGGAAAACGUGGCAAACGUUUAAAGUCUAAAAUAGAAGCAAUAAAGCAAAAAGUAAAAGUUCAAGCUCAAGAGAUUUAUGAAACUUAUUUUAAAGUAGCUCAAGCUCAACCACGUGGUGUCGUAGCAAAACUAGCAGCUAUCGUAAGUCAAAUAGAUAAGGCAUAUCAAAAACAACUUGCAGGACAUCGUGAAUGGCGCAGUAUAUUACAAAGUGCUCUAGAAGAGUUAAAAAUGUUGUUGAAUGAAGAAGGAAAAGUUUCUGCUUACGAGUUGCAUUCCAGUGGUUUAGUUCAAGCGUUACUUGGAUUAUUGGCUGGUCCAUCAGGCCCUCAACCACCUUCAACAAAAGUUAAUAAAAUGAGACUACAAAGGAUCGUCGUGUUCAAAAAUUGUUUCAAAACAAAAGAUAUUAAUGACAAUAAUUCGGCAAAAAUUUUAGUGCAGAAAUUAGUUUCAGUACUUGAAUCAAUAGAAAAGUUACCAGUUUAUUUGUAUGAUACACCAGGGUCUGGUGGUUUGCAGAUUCUCACGCGAAGAUUGCGUUUUAGAUUGGAGAAAGCUCCAUGUGAAAGUUCAUUAAUUGAUAGGUCUGGCCGUAGUUUGAAAAUGGAACCGUUGAGUACUGUUCAGCAAUUAGAAAGCCACCUUUUAAAAAUGAUGGCAAAGCAAUGGCAUGAUCACGAUCGAUCAACAUUUACAUUUGUAAAGAAAUUAAAAGAAGGAAAUAGAUUAACGUUUCAAUAUCAACAUGACUUCGAUGAAAAUGGAAUUUUAUACUGGAUUGGAACAAAUGCAAAAACGUGUCCAGAAUGGUCUAAUCCUGGUCAAUAUGGCCUGGUUAUAGUGACAUCCAGUGAUGGAAGAAGUUUACCAUAUGGUCAUCUAGAAGAUAUUCUUAGUAGAGAUCCCAAUCCAUUAAAUUGCCAUACUAAUGAUGAUAAACGAGCAUGGUUUUCUUUAGACUUAGGAGUAUGGGUGAUUCCAAGUGCUUAUACACUUCGCCACGCUCGAGGAUACGGCAAAAGUGCAUUAAGAAAUUGGAUGUUUCAAGCAUCUAAAGAUGGAAUUAACUGGACAACUUUAUACACACAUGUAGACGAUUGUUCAUUAAAUGAACCCGGAAGCACCGCAACGUGGACGUUAGAACCACCGAGUGAAGAAACACAGGGUUGGCGACACCUUCGUCUUCAUCAGACUGGAAAAAAUGCAUCUGGCCAAACUCAUUAUUUAUCAGUAUCCGGUUUCGAGGUUUAUGGAGAAAUCACUGGAGUAUGCGAAGACCUUGGCCGAGCUGCAAGAGAAGCAGAAGCCGGUAUGCGAAAGCAAAGAAGAUUAAUUAAAUCCCAAAUGCUACGACAUUUAGUUGCUGGUGCACGAGUUGCCCGCGGAAUUGAUUGGAAAUGGAAAGACCAAGAUGGAGCACCACCUGGAGAAGGAUCUAUCACUGGAGAAUUACAUAAUGGUUGGAUCGACGUUACUUGGGAUCAUGGAGGUUCAAAUUCAUAUCGCAUGGGAGCUGAAGGAAAAUAUGACUUACGGCUCGUCGGCACAAGUCUUGAUUCAGAUGGAGGAAAUAAAAGUAAGAAUGGAACCGGUGUUUUAACAGGCAGAAAGUCAAUUAGUACACCCAGUCUUCCUGAUUGUACAGACAUUGGCAUGAGAGGAUCCGUUGCGUCAACAGAUCAAGCAGCUAGUGCAGAAAAUCUUGCAACGAAGCAGGCUGCUGAGUCCAUUGCUGAGAGUGUAUUAUCUGUAGCUCGUGCGGAAGCUGUCGUUGCUGUGACGGGUGAGGGAGGAGGUAGUAAUACGGGAGAACUAUCUGUCGUUCUUCAUCCACGACCUGAUACUGCUGUAACUAGUGAUCUUGUGACAAUCGUUGAAAGUUUAGCACUUAAUACAGAUUGUCCCACUAAUAGCAGUAGUAAUCGAGCGACAAGCAGCUCUAAACCUCUAUUUACAACUGUUCGUGGUAAUAAGCCUGCUAGUGGUUUGUUAAGUCUUGAAGCAGUUGAAGUACUUGAUCGUCUCCGAGAAGGUGCCGAUAGACUGCGUAAUAAUACUAAUAGUUUCUUAAGUGGAGAAUUAUUACCCGGUUUGGUCCCUGUAAGAAUAAGUGUAUCCAGCGAAACUGAAGACAAUUCCCUGAGAAUCAGGCCUAUACCGAGACAUACUUCAACAGCAAUUGAUGCGAUUAAAGAAUGCAGCCGCGACAAAGAAGCUAGUUCGUCCUCGCAAAAUGAUACCGGGGGAUGUCCGGUUGUGGUUACCAAUCCCAUGUCCGUCUCAGUGCCCAAUCUCGCUUGUUCCGAUGUUAACAACACCUUGGAUACAACGGCUGCUACUGGUUUACUGGAAACAUUUGCCGCGAUGGCCCGAAGACGCACUCUAGGACCAACUGGUGGACAACACAUAGCACCUAACUCUAACACUAUUCAAAAUUCACGUGGACCAACUUCAGUGUCCAAUUUUGUUAGGUUAGCUCUCAGCUCAAAUUUCACGGGUGGUUUAUUAAGUACAGCACAGAGCUAUCCAAGUUUAACUAGUAGCAGUCAGGUAGCUGGUAGCGGUGUUACCACAACCACUGGUGCUGGAUUGGGACAAGCGCUGACCAUGUCCCUUACAAGUACCAGCAGCGAUAGUGAACAGGUUAGUCUUGAAGAUUUUUUGGAAACAUGUGGUGGAGUUGCGAGCUCCAGUGCAGGUGGAGUUCGUACAACCGGAGGACCAGCAUUACUUGGAGAAUUAGAUGAUGAUGAAGAAGUACUUGCAGAGGAAGAUGAUGAUAAUGAAGAAAAUGAUCAGGAGGUAAAUAUACUGCGUCAACAAACUGAUCAAUUUCAUCCCGACAAUUCGAUGUAUCAAUAUUUUCUUCAGGAUGACGAUGAGGAAAAUGAAGAGGAAGUUGAAGCCGGUGAAGAUUAUGAAGAAGUUAUGGUUAGUCGAAAUUUAUUAGCUCAAUAUAUGGAAGAAGAAACUCCUCAAAGUACAAAAAGACGCGCUUGGGAUGAUGAAUUUGUAUUGAAAGGACAAUUUUCUGCUCUUAUUCCUGCCUUUGAUCCUCGUCCAGGUCGAACUAAUGUUAAUCAGACUACAGAUUUAGAAAUUCCACCACCUGGUAGUGAUUUACAGUCAAGUGUGCGCGUAGGUAUCCAAUCAAUGCCUCGACUUGCACUGUCUUUAAAGGGACCAGGACUUCCAGAUGUACCAGAUGUUGAAUUGCCUUUAACAGAACCACAUUCAAGUAUUUUCCAAGCAGUUCAAGAACUCAUGCAAAUGACUGAACUGGGAAGUAGACAAGAAAAACUCAGAAGAAUAUGGGAACCAAUAUAUACAAUUGUUUAUCAAGAAGCUAAAGAAGAGGAAUCUUCAGGUCGUGCAACACCAAUUGUAACACUUUAUUCUAGUAAAUCAGUACAAAAUACGAAUACUUGUACAGUAGAAGAUGUUCUUCAAUUGCUCAGACAUAUUUAUGUUCUUAGUACAACGCGAGAUGAUAAAAAGAAUUAUGUAAUUGAAGAAUCAGAAAGUGUUUGUUGGGUUAAUCCAGAAGAAUUUACAUCAAAAAAGAUUACUAAUAAAGUUGUUCAACAAAUACAAGAUCCAUUGGCUUUAGCAGCUGGUGCACUUCCAGCAUGGUGUGAAGAAUUAGCUCGAAGUUGUCCAUUUUUACUUCCAUUUGAAACUCGACGUCUAUAUUUCAGUUGUACAGCUUUCGGAGCAUCAAGAUCAAUUGUUUGGCUACAAACACAGAGAGAUGCGGUUUUAGAGAGACAACGGGCACCAGGAUUAAGCCCACGUCGUGAUGAUAGCCAAGAAUUCAGAGUUGGUCGGCUUAAACAUGAGCGAGUAAGUGUGCCAAGAGGAGAUAAACUUUUAGACUGGGCCGAGCAAGUCCUUAAAGUACAUGCUAGUAGAAAAAGUAUUUUAGAAGUAGAAUUUAUUGGAGAAGAAGGUACAGGACUUGGUCCGACAUUAGAAUUUUUCGCUCUUGUUGCGGCUGAAUUCCAGCGAAAAAAUUUAGGUUUAUGGCUAUGUGAUGAUGAGCCUGUGGAUGAGGAGCAUUCAUGUCCAUCUGAUGAGCAAGUAAGACCACCAGGAUAUUACGUUACACGAUCAAGUGGUUUAUUCCCAGCGCCACUUCCUCAAGAUUCUGAGGCUUGUAAUCGCGCAGUUCGAUAUUUCUGGUUAUUUGGAGUUUUCCUUGCCAAAGUUCUUCAAGACAAUAGACUUGUUGAUUUGCCGUUAUCGCGGCCUUUCUUAAAACUCAUGUGUCGAGGUGAUAUUACCAAUAAUGUAAAUGAAAGAAUUGGAUUAACAGGUAUUACUCAAGAAAGCAUAUCAUCUAGUAUGUCCAGCAGUUUUAUUUCAGAAGAAGAGGACCAAGAUAGAUUAUCUUCAUUAGAACCUUCUCCUUGGUACGAUGGAAUCCUCAAUCUUGAUGAUUUAGCAUCGGUUGAUCCGAUUCGAGGAAAUUUCUUGAAAGAAAUUCAAGCAUUAGUCAAUCGACGUGCAAGAACUGUAUCAGAAGAAUAUUCAUCAUCUGAGGAGGAUGUUAAUCGCAUCACUCAUCCGUCCGGCACGUCAAUUGCUAUUGAAGAUUUAGGACUAACAAUGUCUUAUUUGCCAGGAUCUAAAGUUUUUGAACAUGAUCAUGCAGAAUUGGUAAAUCAAGGAUCAGAAAUACCAGUUACCAUAGAAAAUGUUCAUGAAUAUGCUGAAUUAACUAUUGAUUACUGUCUUAAUCGUGGGAUUGCUAGACAGUUGGAAUCCUUUAGAGCAGGUUUCUCUAAAGUUUUCCCUAUGGAAAAACUUCAUGCAUUCAGUCCUGAAGAAGUUCGAGCGAUGCUUUGUGGAGAGCAAAAUCCUCAUUGGACUCGUGAGGAUUUGCUUAAUUACACUGAACCAAAACUUGGAUACACCAGGGAAAGCCCUGGAUUCCAAAGAUUUGUAAAUGUUUUAUUAUCAUUGACGGGUUCUGAAAGAAAAGCAUUUCUCCAAUUUGCUACAGGCUGUUCAGCUUUACCUCCUGGUGGAUUAUGCAAUUUACAUCCAAGACUAACAGUAGUAAGGAAAGUAGAUGCAGGAGCAGGAGGAUAUCCUUCUGUAAAUACUUGCGUACAUUAUUUGAAAUUGCCAGAGUAUCCAACAGAAGAUAUUUUAAAAGAAAGACUUUUGGCGGCCACGCGGGAAAGAGGUUUUCAUUUAAAUUAAUUUCAUCAAUAGAAUUAAGAAUAAAGAAAAAUGAGCUUUGAAUUGCAUAAUCAUUUCAAGGCAUUUGAUUUAAGUUGCGUACACUAUGAAGAUCUCAUGUCACAACAAUGUAAUUUAUGGUUACAAUCUUUUCAUGUUUUCUUAAGUGUAUGGAGUGUAAUUGUGCAAACAGUUUUUUAACAUGACUCAGUGAUACAGGCACUAGACAAUUGAAUAUAUAAUAGCGUACGCUGUACUAUAUUUCUGGUCUUCGAGUAAUAAAAUAUAUAGAAGUUUGUUGACAUUUAUGAAUAUAAUAUUGAGUAAUUGAGUUUAAUUUUUUAGUGAAAAAAAUACUUCUAUCAGAUUUUGAAAAAUUAAUAUCAUAAGGUUUGUGUUGAAUGCUUCACGGGAAUCUUCCGCACCUUUUUUAUUGUUGACUAGCAUCUAUUCCGUCUGCAUAAAAAUUUAAUAGCAGAAAAAGAUCCGUCAUUGUAUUACAGUGUUACGUAGUUAAUCCACUUAUCUAUUUAUUAUAUUCAUUUAUGUAUAAAGUCAGUAGUAUUCAAUUUUAUAUAAAUAAUCCAUUUCUAUUUUGGUCUAAACUGUAUAUUUACCAUUAACAAUAGUUACAGUUUUUCGCAUUGUUUCAUUAAUUUUAUCAGUGUUUCUGAAUUUUCUUGCAGUUUUUUCUUUCUUUUAAGUUACUGGGCGUUUAUUAAGUAAAUAUUUACCUAUCGAAAUUGAUGUAUUUCUAUAAACAUGUUUGAGUGUGUUAUAAAUGUAAAAAUCAUGGGAAGGUAAAACAAAAUGUAUUUAUAGCGAUAUUAUGAACAGGAAGCAAUUAUAAUAUUUGCUGCCAAACAUAAAGAUAUAAAAAAUCGUACAUAUGUUCUGGUCCAUAACCAUUUAGUGUUUAAACGAAAUUUAGUUAAUAAAAAUCAGUUGGAAAUAAUAAAAUUUAUGUUUUGGAAUAAGAAAAUUAAAAAAAA